AUGCUAGAGAAGUUCGAUAUCGAUUAUGUUCUACUCGAAGCACACUCUGAAAUAGCUCCACCAGUCGGUGCUAGUAUCGGUCUGUUUCCCAAUGGCCUGCGCAUCCUAGAUCAGCUUGGAUGUUACGAGCGAAUCACCAACUUGUCCGUACAACAUCUCGAAGUGGCAUAUAUGCGGGAUAAAAAAGGUGACGUGCUCUGCGGUUUGCAUCAAAUGUUCAAGCACCUGGAAAAAAGACAUGGAUAUGGCCUGCUUUUCUUUGAUCGGCAGAAACUUUUAGAAAUUCUACACGACACGAUCAAGCACAAAGAUAGGGUAUUGCUUAACAAAAAAGUCAGUGAGAUAGACCUCAUUGAGGGAGGUGUCAAUGUCACCACUGCAGAUGGCUCGGUCUACACCGGUACGCUCGUUGUCGGCGCAGAUGGCAUCCACAGUAAGGUGCGAACGCUUAUGAGAGACUGGGGCAACGAGCUCCAGCCAGGAUAUUUUCCCGCUAAAGAGGAGGAUAACGUUCCUUGCUACUACCGUUGCAGCUUUGGUAUUGCUCAGCAUGUUCCUGGGUGGGUCGAAGGCGAGCAAAAUAUUGUGAUGGGUAAGGGUCAGUCGCAGCUUGUUGUGUCGGGGCCAGAAGGCCGGGAAGACGAGGCUGAAUUCGUCAAGCAAAAUUACAACCUUCCCAUCACAAGAAGUGUCACCUUCGGCCACGUCUUUGACAAGCGACUAUCGUCGACAUUGACACCUCUGCACGAGAUGGUUUACCAAAAGUGGUUUUUCAAGCGGAUCAUUACUUUGGGAGACUCAGCACACAAGCCCAAUCCUAUUGGCGGCCAAGGCGCUAAUGGAGCAAUGGAAUCUUGCGCCGAGUUUCUCAAUGCUAUAUUGCGAAAGAAACAAAGCCACGGCGGUAGCUUGGCUAGCUUGUCCGACCAAGACAUAGAGGACAUCAUGCGCGAAACACAGUCCAACAGGCAUGAUCGUGCUCAAUUGAUCGUCCGCAAUGCCCAUGAGAUGCAAGCACUCAAUGCUUACGAGAACCCGCUGGUCUCUACAAUAGCGAACAACCUUAUCCUACCCUUUGCAGGGGAUGAGUUGGUCCUCAGCCAGAUGGGACAGGCUUACGCCGGAGCCGCCACCGUAGAGAAGCUCCAUGUCCCACAUCGGUCGAGGGUCGUUCCUUUUGAUGAUGAGCUGCCAGCCAAACCCAUUGAUCAAAGCAUGUCUAGGCCCAUCCGUUGGGGUUUCAUAGGAAGCAUGGGGCUCGUUCUUCUUGUCACAACGAAGGCAUUUCGGUUGCCUUUUUCGAGUCUCGGCGGUUGGGGAGAAUCUGGCUCGAUUAUCAUCUCAUGGCUAGGUGGCAACCCUGGUCAGGAAUUUUUGAACAAGCUGGUAUCCGUUUUAUCUUUCCCCAUCCUGGACAAAGACCCGUCGGCGAGGCUGCACCUUAUCCAUUUCCUCCCUCAGCUCAUCUCGCCAAUCCUGAUAUAUACUAUCGAGGCUUACCGCCUAGGGAACCAGGGAUCGCUUUUAGCCCUACCAACCAUCUUCAAUGCCGGCAUGCAAGUCCAGGGAAUUGGACGGAUAGCUCCCUUUCAUGCUAUUUUAAGCUCUCUCUAUACACACGAGAGCAUUCCAGGCCGCGCAGUUCCCAGAGAGAUAGCCUACUCUUUAAUCCCAGCGCUCACUUUGGGCUUCGUACUGCCAACGGUCAUGGUCUUCGCGUCAACCCCUAAUCUUGAAGCCUGGCAACACUGGGUUGCGCUCUGGCAAUUCGCACCGCCCUUGGUAAACGUCUUGACAGUGGCCUUCUCAGCUGGCUUCAAGCGGUGGCGACUUAGUCGCGAGGACCCACGAGAGGAGGGAGGAGCAUUUGAACAUUAUGAGAAAGAUGAUGUGCCAGUCCUCAAGCAAGUGUACACGUAUGCAUUUGCCGUACAGUCAACAGUACACGUUGCAACAAUGGCAUAUGCGUGGUCCCAUCCCAAUAUCUCAAUAGGGAAGGCCUUCUUUGGUUUGCCAAACCCCUUCCGGGCCGAGUGGAACCUCCCAACCAUUUCGGCGCAGAUAGCUACAUUUUUCCGAUACGACGCUGUGACGGCAUUGGCGGGUUAUGUAGGUGGUAAUCUUUACUCCAUCUGGGACCUUCGUCGCCUUGGAUACAUUCAAACACGCAGUGCGGUCAAGGCCGCCCUUGCAGUUAUAGCGGGCCAGUUCAUAGUCGGCCCAGGUGCUACCUGGGCUGCCUUGUGGUCCUGGAGAGAGGAUGCUAUUGCUGGUCUAGCGAGGUAA